UAUUAGAUACAAUAACUCACCUGGUGAUAUUCAUGAAAUAAUCAGAGGAAUUGCAGUAUUAUCAUUAUAUACUGACUAUUUUGAGAAAAACCCACUUCAUUUAUCUAAAGAAGAACUAGAUAACACUGAACCUCUUGAUCAACUCAUAGAAAGAAUACAACAAAUUCCAAAUGCUUAUACCCAAUUAAACACUCUAGUAGAAUUACCAUUUUAUAAUAAUCAAAUAGCUACUCCUGAUUUAUUAUUCAAUACUUCCUUAUCGACAACUCUAUACCCAUCACCUUUAAAUAAUCACCUUUUAUUUAUAAACUUAACAAUGGCUACAACAACUGAUGAUAUCAUGAACUACCUUAAAGCAAAUACUAGUGGAUCCCUUCUGCUUAAAGUAGAGCUAUUUACUGGUGAUGAAUGUUUUGAGAAAGCUACUGCUACUAAUAGAUGGGAUAGUAAAAGAAAAAGAGAUAUUCUUCCUGGUUUCUUACAUGGA